AUGGGAACCAACGCGGCCAAGUUCAUCAAGUGCGUCACAGUGGGGGACGGCGCGGUGGGCAAGACCUGUAUGCUCAUUUGCUACACCAGCAACAAGUUCCCAACCGUGAGGAGUUCCUCCACCCCCCACCUGGGACACCUCUUGCUCUUCCACCUGCGUCUUCUGCUCCUCCCCUCCUCUAUUUCCUCCUUCCUGAAGAUAAUCUGCCUCCUCCCAGGACUACGUCCCCACCGUCUUCGACAACUUCAGCGCCAAUGUCGUCGCCGAGGGAAUCACCGUCAACCUGGGCCUCUGGGACACCGCAGGUCCGCCGGGAACUCCCCUCUGAUCCCCCGCCUCCUCUUCGUCUCCCAGUUUCGAAACCUGGGAUAUUUCGGGCAGCUCUCUGAGCUAAUCCACCGCCCCCCCCCCUCAAUAAUUCUAUCCUCUUAUCCUCUUUUGCGAUCAGGGCAAGAGGACUAUAAUAGGCUGAGGCCCUUGAGCUACAGGGGAGCGGAUGUCUUCGUCCUGGCUUUCUCCCUGGUGAGCCGCGCAAGCUAUGAGAACGUGACGAAGAAGGUACGCUCGUAGUCGGUGGCUUCUCUGAACAGAAGAUGAAUAGUGUGUCUUGAUUUUAAGCACAUACACCUCGACUCAGACAAUUCUCUCCUUGGUAAUGGUGCUCAGUGGAUACCUGAGCUUCAGCAUUUUGCUCGUGGAGUACCAGUCGUGCUUGCUGGCACCAAAAUGGGUGAGUGGAUGAAGAUUAUUUUUUUUUCCCCUUACCUUUCGAACACACACACACACGCGCGCACAAAUGUGAUUUUCUCUAUGUCUUUCUCGCCUGUUUGUCUUCUUGGGGGGGGGGGGGGUAUGCAAUAGUAUGGUAAUUAUUAUGAAAAAUCACCUAUGUAAAUGCCACUAAGUGGCAUGCUCUUCUAAUUUCAUGAAAAGCUUGUAUUUUGUGUAAAACAUGAAGAACAGGAAGGUAUAAAACAUGAAUUCAGAGAUUUAUUGACCCAAUCUCGGCUACUCAUUUGAGUUGGUCGUACUGGUGCACACUGGCUUAUAAAGUCAGAGUUACUGAUGAGGUUCAUUGCAUUAAAACUAUCUUCCCUUGCCUGGAUAGGGAUAACUACUCGGGUUUCUUUCUAUUUUAUGUCAGGGGGUGAGGGUGUAGACAUUUAUAUCAUCUGGAUCUAAUUCAAAUUGAAUUUCAUAUUGACUUCAGUAAUCAGAAUGACAUCUUUUUAAUGCCCAUUGAAGGUACCUAUGCAUGCAUGAAUCAUGUGUAUGUGGGUGUGGGAGGAUUGGGUGGAAGAAGGAAUAAAGACAGGAAAACUUGUGGAGGGUGGGGCAUAAUAACUCGGCUAUUGUUUCAGAAGAUUGUGUUCUUAAGUUCUUCAAUCUCUGCAGAUCUUCGUGAAGAUAGGCACUAUUUAUCUGACCACCCUGGGUUGGUGCCUGUUACGACAGCUCAGGUAUGAAAUCUGCAUGGUUUAGUUUUUCUUCUGCUUCAUACUUUUUGAAUGUCAAUUAAAUGAUCUGACCAAUGCCUUUUUUCUCUGGAAUUUCAGGGAGAGGAGCUCCGCAAACAGAUUGGUGCUGCAUAUUACAUAGAAUGCAGUUCUAAAACCCAGCAGGUAGCUUGAAUUUGUAAAUUUCUCCAGCUCCACCUCUGUUUUCAUAUUUUUGGUGAUCAUAAUGAAUUAAAAUAUAAUAUGUGUGCAGAAUAUUAAGGCUGUUUUUGAUGCUGCGAUCAAGGUGGUUGUUAAUCCUCCAUCAAAACGGAAAGAGAAGAAGAAAAAGGAGCAACAUGGAUGCUCAUUAUCGUUAGUGAUUAUGCUCAGUGUUUUGGAUUCUUGCUGUUUUUACUGCAUCAGAUAUAUCUUUUAUUUACAACUCCAUAUUUUUUUUCUGGGUCGUGUGGUCUGCAUUGUUUUUUAUUUGUAG